AUGCUGAAAGAGAAUCUCGAACCUAAUAAAAAGAAUGGAGGGCAAAUAAGAGAGCAUUAUACGGUUCCUGAUGAUAAUACGUGGUUAUUUCUGGAGGAUUCGUUUAUUAAGUAUUCUCCAAGUCGGAAACAAUUAACGGUAACGCAAGAGUUAAAGACUAGAGAAAGUUUGCAUGAUUUUGUUAUUCGACUAGGUUCUGGGCUUAAAUUGGAUAGUAGGACAAUAUUGGCAGCCACGGUUUAUAUAAAUAGAUUUUACAUGAGAAUGCCAAUAACCACUUCUAAAUACUAUGUCGCUUGUGCUGCGAUAGCAAUAUCUUGCAAAUUAAAUGACAAUUACAGACCACCAGAUAAGAUUGCAAUGGCAGGAUGCGUGAUAAAGAAUCCGAACAAAAAGAUUGACGAACAAAGUGAUGUUUUUUGGAGUUGGAGAGAUCAGUUGUUAUACAGAGAAGAACUCAUCUUGAAACAUUUGAAUUUUGAUUUGAACCUCCACUUGCCCUAUUCGAUUAGAGAUGAUUUAUCAAGAUUGUUGUGUCAAGAUAAUAGUGCUACAGAACAAAAUACUAAGGUGGCAGAAAUUUUAAAAAAUACUGUGUCACUAAUCGAAGUACUUUCGUCAUUACCGAUUCUGGUUGCCUACGAUAUCAACACCUUAUUUGCGUCUAUGUUGAUUGUCGUUAUGUUCGAAGCUAAAGAAAGGUUCGGAACUGAUGACAAUAAAUUACAAAUCUCAAUCAAGUCGGUUACUCUGUUUUUACAUGUGGACCCAAACAUAUGUUUUAAAUGUUAUCAAUAUAGCUUGAAAUUAUUGAAACUUUGUAACAGCGAAGAUCCAAAACUCGCCAGCCAUAAAAAUGCGUCGAGAAAGCUACGUCAUAUGGACCAUAAGACAUUCUUUGAUCUUGCUAACAGUUAG